GCCUCGCCUCGUACUACCAGCUACUACUACUUCAUGGGGCUAUCGGCAGGAAGUGGCGUCUAAUGGCGUGAGGAAAUGUAGUUUUUUCACACAAGCGAACAGAUUACAAAGCACCACUUCAGUGUUGUCCUGAGACUACAUUUCCCAUGAUUCACUGCGGGACUUGAGCUGUCAACGUUCACAUUUGACAGCAUUCUGCCGCGGUCCUCCUCGCCAGCUGUUAGCUCGCCAUUCACGCUCGUUUGCAUUUGAUCGCUAGUCUGAUACACUCCCGCUUUUUUGGUGAGGUCUUUUGUGUUUAUUCGUUAUUGGAUCGUUUUUGUUCACCACUGUAAAUAAGAGCACUGAAGCAAGAAGGGGUAACCCAGGCAGGCGUCCUCAAGCGUGACUCUUCCCUCCCUCCUCACAGGUAGUGCCACGCUUCACCUCCACAGGCUCUUCCGACGCUCGGAUGUUGACGCCACGUCCGAUCCUGCCCUCGGCUGCCGCUGACCGCUUGAUGACGGCCAAAGAGGAAGAAAAAGUAGCCGAGUGAAGUCCGAGCACGUGCGUCACCACAGCAGCAUCCGUCCAUGAAUCACACGUGGAGGCUUUAUAAGAGCAAAGUCAUGAAGACGCUCGAUCCGGAGUACGUGGACGACUCGGCGGAUGAGGUGAGUGAAGUGGAAGAAGACAUGAUGAGUCCAGUCCAGCAAGACGAAAGCCAAAACGCUGUCUUCCAGCUGGCCCGAAAAAUGCAAGGAGCAGGAGCCAAGAGCUGGAACAGACUAUCAGCCCUCUUCAACAAAGAUGAUCAACACCAACUACUGCAAGAGCCAGAAAGUCCUCCAGUUGCAGACCAUCCCCUUGCAGUAAAGCCUGAGGUACCUCCCCGUCCCACCAAAGCCCGCAGUGGAUUCUGGGACAGCUUUGCCGCCAACUGGGCAGCCAAGAAGCAAGCGGAGGCUGACGCCGCCGCUCAAAAGGCGACAGAGGAAACGGAAGCGGGGACAGUGGUGACCAAAGAGGACGACGAGGAGAAGGCAUCUCCAGGGCCUUCCGAGGAAGCCGAAACAGACGGCAUGGAGGCGGCGGAGGAAGACGAGCGGCGGGAGAGCAGCAACGACGGCUUCUCUAAAUACGUCACGCUGGGCGGCCAGGACGCUUCCUUCAAGUGGAACUUUGUCACCAGCAAACUGGCCGAGUUGAGGAGAGCCAGCCCAGCCGACACCGACUAACGCGGAAAAUUCAGGUAUCACAAUCGAUGUUACUGCCGUUAGCCGCUAGCUGAAACUGGAAUGUAAACCAACUACGCUACUAGUUGGUGUUUUUGUCGGCUUUUGAUAUGUCAUUCUGCAUCAAUCACAGAAAAUUUACGGUUAAUGCAAAUUUACUUUGUUUUUUUGGUCUUUCUUUGGCGUGUUGUUGAACAUUUCAGGACUAAAUUUCCACUCUAAAUUACUAGCUAACUCACAGGCCAACAUUCAUAAUCUCGCUGGCUUCCAUUGAAGGCGCUAAACGUCCGAUCCAUUUUAAGUAAGAGUUUAGCAGCAAAUGAACAUUCAGUUAUUCACUGCCAACCCGCCCACUUCAAAUGGAUUGGACGUCUACUAGCGAUGAAGUCAUUUGACGUCUAUUGCUGUCAAUGGCAGCUGGCAUUUUUGAGAUGUCACAUGACAAGUGUCGUAUUCGUACUCAGGAAUGUAAGCUCCAAUAAUGCAAAAUUAGUAAAUACUGGUAGUAAAGUGCUUCAUCACUUGUGUGCUGCCAGUGAUGGCAAUAGACGUCCAAUCCAUUUCAACUUAGAGGGACAAAAUGGACGUUUAUUGCUGUCAAUGGCAGUAAAUGCGGAAAGGGAAAUUACACUACUAAUGAUUUUUUUUUUCUUUGUGUAUGUUGAACUGGGUUUCAUUUUUAUGUUAUGCUGCAAUAAAAAAUGGAUUUACUUGAUGUUUACUGUAAAAG